AUGGCUACUACCGCUGCCCACCUCCCCCAGCUUACACCCAUCUCUGUCCUCCUCGACGCCUUUAACCACCGCAACAAGAACCAGCAUCGCCGCUCCCACUGGUGGCGACAAUUUAAUCUCCUUCGCCGCGCCCUGCGCAGGCUCAUCGUUGCCCCCGCGCUCAAGGAUCCGCGACCCUCCCUCACCACUGCCUUCACUCAGCUUGCCGCCGACAACCAGUAUGCCCCUUUGGGUCUCGUCCUGCUUGAGUUCUCGCCCGCGUCAGCUCCAUCAUCUCACCCUUUCGAUAUGGGUGUAGCGAUAUCGCGGUCCGAGCUUACCUCUGACCUCAUGCUCCCAGAAGAGACGGCUAGAAAAGUGGCACCACAACGGCGUGGUCGUGAUGAGCCUCUUGCUCAGGCGCCCCGAAAACCUCCGAAGGAGUUCGUUCCCGGUCCCGCCCAGGGGAGAUCAAGAAGGUGA